CUUGCAGUUGCCGUCCUCCGUGGAGACUCUAAGGUCUCCGGUACCGUUACCUUUGAGCAGGCCUCUGAGGGUGCCGAUACCACCAUCUCCUGGGACAUCACCGGCCACGAUGCCAACGCUGAGCGUGGUAUGCACGUCCACGCCUUCGAAACAAACGCUCAUACAAUGGCAGUCAACCCUCACGGCAAGACCCACGGUGCCCCCGAGGACGAUGAGCGCCACGUUGGUGACUUGGGCAACUUCAAGACCGAUGGCCAGGGCAACGCCAAGGGUUCCGUCACCGACAAGCUCAUCAAGCUGAUCGGCCCCGAGAGCGUCCUCGGCCGCACCAUCGUUGUCCACGCUGGCACUGACGACCUUGGCAAGGGUGGCCACGAGGAGAGCAAGAAGACUGGUAACGCCGGCCCUCGCCCUGCUUGCGGUGUCAUUGGUAUCGCCUCG